UUGCUUCCUCAUGGGUCCCAAAGAAAAAAAGUCUGGCCAUAAGAAAAAAAAAAUCUCCAAAGCUGAGCGACUGAAGCAGCUACAAGAGGAGGAGGAGAAGAAACGACUAAAAGAGGAAGAGGAAGCUCGUUUGAAACGUGAAAAAGAAGAACAAGAAAAGCUUGAAAAGCAGCGAAUUGAGAAUGAAAAAUGGCAUCAACUUGAAGAAAAAGAUCUACAAAGGAGAACUGAAGAACUUGCAGAACUGAAUUUAUUAGAGGGGUGUUUUCUGGAAGCAGAGAAGUUGAAACGAGAUACUAGAUCACUUGCUCACUGGAAACACUAUAUUCAAUGUGAUGGGAGUCCUGAUCCUUCAAUAGCCCAAGAAAUAAAUACUUUCAUUAGCUUGUGGAAAGAGGAAACAAAUCAGACUUUUAUGGAGGUGGUUGAGAAAAGUAAAUUAGUUCUACGUCUAAUUGAAAAGUUGAAAUUGAUUUUAAUGGAAACUCCACCAUUUGAUUUGCAAGAACAAAAUGUAAUACAAUACCAAGGAUCAAUUCUACAACUUCAGGAGCUCCUUCAUCUUAAGUUUAACAAAGCCACAGAAAUACUUCUCAGACAAGCUAGUACUUUAGCAGAUUUGGACAGUGGGAAUAUGGAAAAAGUAAUUCAAGAUGAAAAUGUUACUCUGUAUGUGUGGGCAAACCUGAAGAAGAAUCCAAGGUACAAAAGUAUCAAAUUCGCUGGAACACAAAUUGGAUUUGAAAUUCCAAAGAUAUUGGCAACAAGUGACAUUGCUCUCCGACUCCUACAUACUCACUAUGAUCAUGUUUCUCCACUGAAGCUUGUUCGAACAGAACAAGAAAACAAUUUUCUAAUGACUGAGACUGUCACAGAUGAAGGAACUAAGACUACAGAAGUCAAGACUACAGAAGUCACGACUAUAGAAGUCAAGACUAUAGAAGAAUCAGUCAGCCAAGAGGACCAGGAGGAGUGUAAACCACAAGAAAGUGGCUCUCUCAUAAAUUCCGAGGAUGAAAUAAAAGUUGAAGAUCAAGAUGUUACUGAAGCACAAAGGACUUCUGACAAGAAAGACUCUGAAGCUGAAAAAGGUGAACUGGAGAUGAGAUUAUUAAGUGAAUCGAUUUCAGCAGCACAGUUAUACCUGAUAGAGAAUACUACUGAAAAGCCAUUUAUCUAUGAAGACAAUGAGGUGGAUUUAUGCCAAUUCACAACUCUAGGUGGAGUGUACCACUUGGAUAUUUUGGAGCUUCCCCCACAGUAUAAGCCAGUGAAGGGCUGGAUGAUUGUGCAAAUACUCCAAGAAGGAUUACAGAAAUUCACAUAUCCUCCAGAAACCAUGGAAGACUUUGAUACAGAAAAUGCUUUUCCGCCUAUAGAGGUCACGCUCAAGGUUCAUGAGAAUGUGAUCUUUUUCGAGGAUCCUAAGGUUGUAAGGUGGGAUGCUGAAGGUAAACAUUGGAGAACUGAUGGCAUCAGUAAUGUAUCUUACGAUGCAGAAGCAAGACUUAUAUCAUUCAGCCUGGAAACUUUUGGUCCUCUUACCUUGAUUCAAGACUCUCAUGUUAACAUGCCAUUCCUGUCAUGGGAAUUAAAACCACUUGAAAUUAAUAAUGUACUUUUAAUUGUGACUACACUAUUUACUGAGAUUCAGAUACAAAUUAAGGAAAACCUCUGCAUGUUAAUUUCAAUCAAAAUAAAAGACAAAGAACAUGUUUCUAAUUUGGAAGGAAAAUGGAUGAGUCCUAUAUCUUUCAUUUUUGCUCUGAAAGAAGCUGGAUUGAAUAUCUUCCCAUCGGGACACUCUCAUUUUUAUGUUGUUACAAACAAUAAGAAUCCAUCAGUAGAAAUGAGAGCUUAUCGACAAAUGGCCCUGCUAAGUUCUGCUUUUGCAUUUGGUUGGAGCAAGUGGAAUAUAGUAUGUAAUACUACAAAAGUUAUAUUUAAGGCAAGGGAACAACCAACUGAAGAGCUUAUUGAGAAUCCUAAGUGGGUCCUUUUAAUGUUUAGUGGUGACAGAGCACAAAGACUCAAGAUGGAUGAAAACAGUGAUUCAUACUCAGAAGCACUUAAAGAAGGAACUGAGUUUCAUUCCACUCUAUAUCACAUGUUGAAGGAUGUUGCUUCCAGGGAAGCAAUGGAGAAAAUCAAUAAUUCCAACUGCCUAUUUAUUGACUCUGUUUGUCAUAUGCUACUCUCUAUUAGAUUUCUCAGCUAUUCUUAAAUCUCUACUUGCAAACUAUUCAAUGUGAAGAAUCAAACAUGUUUGGGGAAAACAAUCAGGUAUUUUUCAAAGUGAAUAAUUUUAAAACAGGCUAUUAAAAUUAUUGAAUAGUA